GUGCAUAACAAGUAAUACAAAUCCUCAAUGGCUCUCUGAUUCUGUUAAUUUAAAUUUAACUAUUCAGCCCAUUAUGCCUGCAAAUCUCCAAUUAAUCUGGUUAUAAAAAGCCCAAAAUGAAGUGACGUCGUUUUGAUAUUGUUAACAACAUUUUUGCUUUGGUAUCUUCUUCGGCUUCUAUCAUCUUAAUCUCGUCGCCGUCGUUUAGGGUUUUUUGAUCCAAGGAGCCAACUAUGGCGUCUCUGGCCAAGUUUCACUAUUGUGACCAAAUACCCCUCCUCAGUCUCAGCGGUCACAGUAGAUUUCAACCUAAACCUAACUCAUACCAAAUCCUACAGAAGCCUCCUCGGUCUCGCGUCAUUAGAGCUUCGUCUUCUUCAUCAGGCCCUAAACCCUCAUUGCUCAAAACAACCUGUGUAACUCUCACCACAGCCGCCGCUUUGUUCUCUGCUUCCCUACACCUCGCCGCCAGACCCGCCACCGCAACUCCAAUCGCGCCUCCUCCUCCACCGUCAUCCACGGCGGCAAAUCUCGCUGCCGAAAUACCCGGAGAAACGGACCAAAUCUCGUUGCAACAAGAGGAAGAAGCAGCUCUCGAGAAGCAUCUCGCUAGCCAUCCAAACGACGUUGAAGCUCUUCAGUCACUGAUGAAAAUCAAACUCCAGUCGAAGAAUAUCGAGCACGCGUUGGAGAUUCUAAACCGUCUGAUCGAAAUCGAUCCGGAAGAACAAGAAUGGCAAAUUCUAAAGGCUCAGAUGCAAACCUACGGCGGCGAUUUUGACUCGGCGACGAAAGGAUUCGAGGAGAUUCUGAUGAAAGAUCCGUUUCGCGUGGAAGCUUAUCACGGAUUGGUAAUGGCUUACUCGGACUCGGAAUUAAAAUUAUCAGAGCUCGAGAGUAGAAUCAGCGAAGCUAUGGAGAAAUGCAAGAAGGAAGAUAGGAAGAAGGAUUUUCGAGAUUUCAUGCUGUUGAUUGCGCAGAUCAGGGUAAUACAAGGGAAUCCAAUAGAAGCACUUAGGGUUUAUCAGGAAUUGGUGAAAGAUGAGCCUAGAGAUUUUAGGCCAUAUCUAUGUCAAGGUCUGAUUUAUACGUUGAUGAAGAAGAAAGACGAAGCAGAGAAGCAUUUCGAGCAGUUUCGAAGAUUGGUUCCUGAGAAUCAUCCGUAUAAAGAGUAUUUUGAUGCCAAUGUGCUCAACACUAACAAGCUUUUCGCAAAUAUUCGGUAAACAAAACAAAAUAAAAUCUGAGCUUUGACUCCAAAGUUUUGUGUUUUGUUGAAUGCUUAGAGUUGUUAACGGGUUUGUAUUUGGGGCAUAAUCUUUUUAAUAUACACGCAAAUGUGACAAAUGCUAUGAAUAAUAGUGAAUCUAAUCCGUUUUUAG